CGUCAUCGUAAAGGCUGUGAGUUGGAAGGUCUGUGAGAUGUGAUGAAAUUACAGUGAUUUUGGGAGUAGAACAGCGAGUGGUUCAAUAGUUUGAAUGAACGAAGCAGUUUCUGUCAAGAACCCUUAAGAGCCCCAACAUGUCGUGGAUAAGAGAAGGUGAAUUAAACCUGCUUGAAAAGCUUUCAGCCAAUAUCCUGAAGGCUGGACCCAUGCCAAAACAUGUGGCCUUCAUCAUGGAUGGUAACCGCCGCUUUGCACGUAAGAAAAACAUGGAGCGCCAGGAAGGGCAUAUGCAGGGCUUCAACAAGCUGGCAGAGACAUUACGUUGGUGUAAGCAUCUGAACAUCCAGGAGGUCACAGUGUACGCCUUCAGCAUCGAGAACUUCAAGCGCACUAAAAACGAGGUGGAUGGGCUGAUGGAGCUGGCGAAGCAGAAGUUUGAAAAGCUGCUGGAGGAACGGGAAAAUUUGGAGAAGCACGGUGUGUGUAUCCGGGUGCUCGGCGACUUGAACAUGCUGCCACUCGACCUUCAGCAGCUUAUUGCGAAAGCUGUGAUCACAACCAAGGAGCACAAUAAAUGCUUCCUGAAUGUGUGCUUUGCCUACACGUCCAGAUAUGAAAUCACCAACGCAGUGAGAGAAAUGGCCUGGGGAGUGGAGCAGGGCCUGAUCAAAGCAAGUGAUGUUUCAGAGGCGUUGCUUAGUGAGUGUUUGUACAGCAAUAAUUCUCCCAAUCCUGAUCUGCUCAUCCGCACCUCUGGAGAGGUGCGACUCAGCGACUUCCUUCUUUGGCAGACUUCCCACUCCUGUCUAGUGUUUCAGUCAGUUCUGUGGCCCGAGUACUCCUUCUGGAACCUCUGUGAAGCCAUUCUCCAAUAUCAGUUAAAUCACAAAUCCAUUCAGAAAGCCAGAGACCUCCAUCGAGAGCAUCAGGCCGUGCAGCAGCUCGAGGCGGACCGUGCCUGUGUAGCAGAGCACCUGCAGCAUCAUGGGAAUGGAAAGCCUGUCGACGCCCAGAGGAGACAAGAGGCCCUGCUGCACUACUCGACCUGCCGGGAAGAACGGAUUCAGGAUUUCCUAGAAGCACUGAAGCACAAGAGAGACUCUUUCUUUAGCGAGUUAUGGAGCAGCGUCGUCUUGGCCUAGAAAGGCUCCGAAGAACAAACCCCAUGUUGAAGUGGGGAUGAAACCUCUCCUGGCCUCUACCCAAAAGGGCUUCUGUGGAAAAGGUGAAGAGUGGACAGUAACUGGGAACGGUUUCAUUGUGUUACUGAUUUGUACAAGACGGGAGGGCAAUUUUACCCCUAUGGGGCUGUAGAAUAAUUGAUAUUUAUGAUUGUAGAUUUAAAAAAACAAAAAAGUCUAAUAUGUGGAAAUGUCUGGUCAAGAUGUAGUUAAGUGAUUGUGUAAAUUGUCAGUCAAAUGCAUGCAAUGGAUUGGAAGAUUAAAUUCUAUGAGUGAAAGCCAGGGAUCCGUCCAGAAUAAUAUAAGUCAGUACAGUUUGAGGCCCAAAGAAGGUGUUGUUUGUUGAGUGUGAUGUUGAAGACAUAACUAGAUUUUGACCAGCUUUCUUAAACAGAAUAAAGCAAUUACUAUAUGUCAGAUAUGAGUAAAGGAUGUAUGAUUUUGUCCUUUGUUCUUAAUGUACCACAUGUCAAUGUUGUGGCUGUCUUUAAACGGUUGCCCCAGUUACUGUCUCAACCUGGCUUUGAGUAUAUUGGCAUGUAAUGUCUUAACUUGUGCAGCAGAAAAUUAUCUUUUUUAUGUAAGGUCCAUGCUGAUGAUGUAUAGCAUCUCCUGAGAAACCAAAUUGUAUCUGUAUUUGGUUUCCCAUUAGAUUACUGUGGCCUUUCUACAACUGCCAAAGUCAUACAGCCAUAUCAACUAAACCUUUAAUUUCUCCUAGUAACUGUCGGAUAAGUAUUGCACCUCUCCACUUACUGAUAUGCUAAAUAUAUUGUUUAACUUAAGAAAUCUAUUGCAUACAUUAAAUCAAUAUGAUUGUAUAUAGUUCCUAUUUUGUUCAAAACAAAUAUUUUGCUAGUAGUUGUAAUGUUGUAGUGCAUAUAAAGGUGGGUAAAAUGAGUCCCAGUCAGUGAUCUAACACAAGUAAAGAAACGAUAAUAUUUUUUAA